ACGGAACGCGCUUCUUCGCCUUUACUCCCGUUUUGUUAUCAGGAUUCAGAAUAGUGUUAUGUCCCCUGGAGGGAAGAAGAGUCGGGCUCGGAGUCCACAGGAACUUUAUGACGAAAUAAAAGAACUCUUGAUCAAGACAAAACCAAAGCUAAAGGACGGAACUACCAGGGAUGAAACCAUAACGAGGGAUUUACAUAAGAUCGCAUCGCUUGCACAGACAUUCACAGAACAGCGCCUAAAGUCGAGCAAAAAGAGCCAGUUAUCAGAUUUCCUUGAUCAGGAAGGUGUCAGCCUGUGGAAUGCGUCCGGUGCGGUCCGUCAAGGCUCUGCACAUGACAGCCGCGUUGUCGUCGCCGCUUUGCGGCUAGCUGGAUUUCGCCUCAUGGAAGCAGGGUUAGAACCUAAGCCUGAGACUGAAGCAUUAUUACAUAUUCUUCAAAUCGCGAGUAAGACUGGCGCAACCCUGUCCGAACUCGGCCACAAUGACACUGCAUCGGGCGUGCUGAGUUGUGCGGCGAAGUAUGAAGAAGCGCUGAGAAAUAUUGACGACACGAGUGGCACAAAUCAGCAAGCCAGGGCAUGUGUUACAGCUGUCUACCUCUCAACCAGAAUGGAAGCAGCUUGGAGGGAAGGAAAUGAAGGGUUAGCGGCCUUUAUGGCUGACAAAGUCACAGAGAAUGACGGACGGCUCGUGCUCCUUUCAAAUCAUGACCGAGAGACGCUGGCGACUAAGCUUCUUGACAUUGGCAAAUCACUUUUGAGAAGUUGCUAUCAGGAUAACAAAGUGGCGCCAGAAGAAAGCAAGGCUAACGAGGCUAUUCGAUGGAUGCAGAAGGCGUUUUCCGUCAUCGAGCCUCUGGAUUGUACGGCCAAUGCCGGGCUCGCUGAACUCAAGAGAUCGGUUCUCAGGAGUCUGGCCCGUGGCUACUUCUUGUCAUCAUCCCAGGAUCCAGAGAAUUUGAUCAGAGCGGAAACCGCGCUAGAAGAAGUUAUUGCAACUAUCGAUUCUUCUGUAGACAACGUAAGCUCCGAAUACCAGCAACUCCGAUGGAUGAAGUUGGCUGUCAUAAAGCGGCGGAAAGCUGGAGAUACUGUUCUUCUUCAAGCUUUACAAGCCAUCGUUGACAACCUGACAUAUUCAGAAAGCAAUCUUACCGAUGUCCUACAGGAACUUCGGACGCUUUCUCAGCAUCACCAAUUAGUCACGAGUACAAUUCAGUACUGCCUUCAUCGUGCCUUGCAGUGCUCUUGGAGCCCAGACGCCGUGGAAAGGCUUCUCAUAUCUCUCAUAUUCCAUUGUUCCAAAGAUGACCAACACGACAGAGCCAUACAAGAUCUGCAUGCAUCUUUCAAAGAACUACGUGACGUGGAAUUUGAGCUUCUCAAAGCUCCGGCCACAGCUUGCAUCACUCUUUUAUGGCAAUACGGUGAUCGCCAUUACCAUGCGGGGCGAUGGAACCAAGCUGCGGAUUGGUUCACCUGUGGCACACAUUCUAUAUUUACAAGUUUAGGUCCUGUCAGCAGCUCAAAGUGUUUUCGGAAGGCUGCCCUAGCGCAUCUUAAGCAAAAGGACUACGCUCACGCGGGGUCCAUCAUCCGCCGCUGUCCUGACACAGAAGCCACGACACAAUAUGUAAAGUUUCUUAUUGCGGUUCAUCAAGGACUGGAAGACGAAGCGAUAAACACAAUACGCAAUAUGGUUCACGCCGUGAACUUCGAUCGCAAGAUGAUUUUAUUGGCCUGCCGGCUCGCACAUGACUUGGACAUGAAAAAUCUUCUUCUAAACGUGCUGAAGGCUCUUCUGGAAACGUUAAACCUCCGAGAGAACGUGGGGAACAGCACUGAAGCCAUGACAUUGGUAAGGUGUAUUAUCAGGCUUAUUGUGAAACUCCUUGGAGAACCAGCUGCCGAUUUGAACCGUCUAGUGGCGGCAUUACUUCACCACCUGAACAUUGCGGUGACUAUUGUAGAAUCGUGUGAACAGCCAGCCAUGCUUUCAAGAGAUGUAUCCUGGCUCUGGAGGACUGCAUAUAAUUGUGCUAUCCAAGCUUGUUCUGAUUGGGAAGACAGAGAAGAUCAAAUAUCUGACAUCUUUGACGCAGCAAGACGACUUCUCGAACUCUACACUGUACACGCAACUGUAGACGUGGACCAAGCUAUCUAUAUUUACUUGGUGAAUGCCUCAUUUGCAUCCGCUUCGGGCCGUGUUAUGUCUUUCAGACGUUUGCGGUCGCAGACAGAAUCAAUUGAUCCUGGAAAAUACCGCGAUUUGUUCAACAACAUCAAUCAAUCAUUACAGCGCAUCAGCAAGGUUUUGCGAGAAGAGAAGGUAUCGCAAGAAGACCUUCCUCGACUUGAGUCAUCCUUGCAGAUUUUACGAGUUUUUAUUGUGGAAGCGGCAUCCCACCUGUCAGAUUGGACCACGGUCUUGGCCACCAUUGAGGAACCAUCUCGCUCUGAUCGCGAUUCGUUGGAGACGUACGAGGCAUUCGCGGACGCCCUAUGGGAAGACAAACACUGUCCCAUACACGUCCUUUUCACAGCGCUAGAGGCCACACUUCAUGCGUGUUUGGCCCGCGGACACUUUUCCCUGGAGAAAUUUGCUCGUUGGCUACGAGCGAUGUGCAUUAUACUACUGACAAGAGCGACAGGACCCGAUCGAUCCAAGGCGAUUGGGUACGUGGAUCAAGCCAUCGCUGUCCUGGAGGAGCACGGCGACGCUAGGGACGGCGGUGAACUGCUCUAUCCUCUGGACGAGCGUCAAUGGCUUCUGAGCACAGCGUACAACACUGGCCUCGAGUGUCUUCAUGCCUCCAUGGUCGAUGAAGCAAAGCGUUGGUUCGAAUGCUCCACCAUUAUCUGUCGCUUCGUUCCCGAUGGUCGGCAACGUGCAGAAAAGAUAUCGACAACCUAUAGCGACCUCUUAGCACGCUACCCGACUAGAUGAAGCGAUUGCACAACCAUCAAACAGCUUUAACACCGCGACUGGAUCACCCCACAUCUGUAUUAUUAUGUGUGUUUGUUCUUGUAUCUUAACAAAGACCAAUGGACUUUGCACUUUUUAUUGCUGUGAGAAAUGACGCAGCUGAUAGAGUAGUACACGACCGCGAGUGUUGCCAAUAGCCAGGUACUCGCUCUCACGGGAGAAAUCGACAGAGGUUACAUGUCCGAGAGGGGUACUUGACGUGGGCCAGUUCCCAAACGCUGUCAAUGAUGGGCAAUGGACC